CCUCAAAGACCACCCGGGAGGUAGUGACAACAUUCUCAUCAAUGCCAGAACAGAUUGCACCGAAGAGUUCGAUGCAAUCCAUUUCGACAAGGCAAAGAAGCUAUUGGAAGAGUACCGAAUUGGUGAACUCCUAACCAUGUGUUAUAGUUCCGACUCAGCUGAAUCAUCACCAAACAACUCGGUCCAUGGUGCCACCAAUUACCUAAGCUCACACUCAGCCACCAUCAAAGAAAUCGUGCCUAUAAGAAAUGUAGCCCUAGUCCCUCGUGAAAAGAUCCCAUGCAAACUCAUCUAAAAAACAAAUGUUUCCCAUGAUAUGAGCUAUUCUGAUUCGCGCUCCCAUCACAAGAUCAGGUUCUCGGAUUACCGGUUGGUAAACACGUAUUUGUAUGUGCCACAGUUGAUGACAAGCUUUGCAUGAGAGCAUACACACCAACUAGCACAAUUGAUGAAGUUGGAUACUUUUAGUUGCUAGUCAAAAUCUACUUCAAAGGUUUCGAACCAAGGUUCCCAAAUGGUGGGUUCAUGUCACAAUAUCUUGAGUCUUUGGAACUAGGUUCCUCACUUGAAAUCAAAGGUCCAUUAGGUCACAUUGAGUACAUGGGUAGGGGGACAUUUUCAGGGCACGGUAAACAAAAGUUCGCCUCUAAGUUAGCGAUGUUUACGGGUGGGACGGGUAUCACACCGAUAUACCAAGUGAUGCAGGCUAUCUUGAAGGAUCCAGGAGAUGAUACAAAGAUGUAUAUGGGGUAUGCGAACCAUACGGAAGAUGAUAUAUUGUUGAGGGAUGAACUUGAUGCAUGGGCAAAGAAGUAUCAAGAUAGGGUGAAGGUUUGGUAUGUUGUUCAAAAGUCUAUAAAAGAUGGGUGGAAAUAUAGUGAAGGGUUCAUCAUUGAGGAGAUCAUGAGAGAACAUAUACCAGAGGUUUCAGAAGAUAAAUUGGUAUUGGCUUGUGGACCACCACCCACGAUUCAGUUUGCCAUAAACCAUAAUUUGGAAAAGAUGGGUUAUGAUAUCAAGAGUUCUUUGUUGGUGUUUUAGGAUAUUGUAUUGUUAUGCAGGUGGUUUAAAUUUAUAUUUUGGAAAUAAAGUCAUAUAUGUACAUACUAAUAUUUGUAAUCCUCUAUCUACAUCAAGCAAUCAGUCGAAAAUCACAAUAAUUUAAGCUUGUUUUUA